CCGCGGCGCGGCGGGCAGAGGGCGGCGCCGGGCGGCGGACGACAUGUUCCAGGGCCCGGAGAGCGAGGGCGGCCGCGCGGGUUCCCGGGCCAUGAAGCCUCCGGGGGGAGAACCAAGCAAUCUUUUUGGAAGUCCAGAAGAAGCUGUUCCUUCCAGCAGGCCUAACAGGAUGGCGUCUAAUAUUUUUGGACCAACUGAAGAACCUCAGAACAUACCGAAGAGGGAGCAUCCUGCAGGUGGGAAAGGAAGUGGUAUCUUCGACGAAUCGGCUCCCGUGCAGACCCGGCAGCAUCUCAACCCCCCUGGUGGGAAGACCAGUGACAUUUUUGGCUCCCCAAUCACCGCCACUUCCCGCUUGGCACACCCAAACAAACCCAAGGAUCACGUUUUCUUACGUGAAGGAGAAGAACCAACAUCAGACCUUAAAGCUGCGGCGAGCAUCCUACCCGGAGGAGAGCCAGGUGCCAGGGAAGCGGAGCACGUGCCCACCGCCAAGGUCGACAGCCACGAGCCCAGGCUGGGGCCGCGGCCUCGCUCGCACAACAAAGUCCUGAACCCCCCAGGAGGCAAAUCCAGCAUUUCCUUCUACUAGAACAGUGACUGCCUGACCGUAGCCAGACGAGAGUCGGGAGUUGGUGUAGCAAAUACUGUCGUUUCCUUUAGCCCGAGCGAGCUGGGGGGGAAGGGGGUUAGUCGUGAGCAGGAGGCUGGUGGCUCAGGGUCUCCACUGACGUCACGAGAGGACGACGCCUUCCAGACUGCGGGAGACACGCCUGCGUCUGCGUGGGGAUAAACUGCGGUUCCCUGGUUUUCACUCAGUCCUAGUCCCGACGUGAGAGGGACUCUACGGUGGGCCAGGGCUGGGAGGUAGCGCGGGGCCGCGGGAGGCUUGGCAAGGCGCGGCGUCCUGUGCCAGCCGAUGGGACACCUGGGAAGGACGGAGAGGACACAAAACAGCCCGUCCUCUACGUGCAGACACUGCCGAGGCGCUGGGGGUGUCUGGACGACCCCUCGGAUCCUGACGCCAGGUGCCCUCACCACGCUCCCCACCCCAAGGCCACCCUGCCGAGCCCCAGCGUCUCCUGUCCGUUUUAGCCCCAGUUUUUUGUUUUGUUUUGUUUGUUUGUUUUUUUGCAGUCUUUUCUUAAAACAGCUUGGUUGCUUCUCCCUGGCAGCUUUAAAAAAACCAAAAAGUUGUCCUCAGUCUUCUGUUUUGUGGAAGGUUUUACACCCUAAUCCUCUGAGCUGCCCAGUUUCUACCGCCCAGAGCCCCAGCCCGUCUCCCGCAGGGAUCUGCCCUCUCCCGCAAGGGACGGCCUUGGUCCUUCACCUGCCAGUUUUGCUUGUGAAUUGUUCCUUUUCUUCUCAUCAGCCUUAAGUCCAGGCCUUUGUUCUUCUCCAGGGACAUGGACAGUUGCCUCCUAAGCCAGGGUUCUUCCAUAAGUGUGCCCCACUGACCUUCUCAGGACCUGAAAACCACUUGGACGUGUCCAAGUGAGGGGCUUGUUUAGCUUCUCCCGUGUCUUGCAUGGGGAAAAUAUGAAAAUACAAUAGUAUUUAGGUGCUUGAGAACCCUGGAUUCUUUAAUACCUGAAAAGCUAUUUUUAAACAGCAGCUUUACAUAAAUGAUUAUUGAUUCUGCUCUGUUCCUGACACCUUCCCAGAAAAAAGUCACUUGCUCAGGUUCACCAAAGAGGAACAAAACCUGCUUACACCACCCUGUGAAGCUUUGCAGAACCUCUGGACCAUGGUCACAGUCGUCUGGAAGAGAUUGGAGACCUGAGCCCAGGAGGUGAGGUAGUUUAGCAGCAGUCACGGCUGUUCAGUUCCCUUGCCCUUGCCGGCUAAGGCAGUGGGCCAGCAGGAGUGGCGCUGCUCAGCUCUCAGGCAAAAGUCCCUCCUGUUCACCCCUGAAGGGCCGCAGUUUCAGUCCCCUGCUUCCCUUGGGCGGCCAUCUGUCUGCAGAGAAGAACGUCUGGGUGGUAGUAGCUAUUGCUCUGAGUGCCUACAAAGCUAACGCCUGGUGCUAGAAACAUCAUCAUGAUUAGAGUUUAUUAAUAGAAAAGCAACAACUUAGCCUCAUGCUGGCCUACCUGCUUGAGUGCCUGCAGGAACUGCCUGCCAGGCUCACUUCCUGUUCCCGGCACAUGGAGGCAUCUGCAUGAGGCUUUGUCAACCAAAGACAGUCCCCCCCCCCCUUCAAUUGCCCUGCAGACUUUGGAGCCAAGAAACAGUCAUUCCAUGUGACUCUGUCACACUUCAAAUGGUUUGUGGUUCAGCCAUUUAUAAGAGUUGUUAGGAAUUCAGAGCUUUGCCAUUUAAAAACGUCAUAAAUGGUAGUAUACUUUUAAAACCCAAAUACACUAAUUUGUUUUACUUAAAAGGAAAUAGUCUAAUGGUAGAAAUGAACGACCACUUACAACUCUUUCUUAUGAGAAAAUGGUUUGUGAAUCCACAUUGUGUUGCCUAGAACAAACCUGACCUUGCUGUGCUGGCCCUGCCCCUCCCUUGAACCCUGCUGUCAGCCAGGUGCGGGAGCUCUAUGGUCCUGCCCACUGGCAGGCACUUCCGGUGGAGAAGGGAGAAGCCAGGGAUGAGAAAGAACGCCUUGGGGAGUAAGAAAAUCAACCGUGAACCAGAGCAAAGGCCCCUGGGCAGCAGUGACAGAACUCACCUCACUCUUUUCCCAUCUUUCCCACCUUUCCUGAGGCUUCAGGGCUGGGCUGAGUUCUGGGUAGGCUGGGCGAGGGAGCCCCACUGUGGUUGCUGUUUGCAUUUGGAAGGUGUUCUGUACAUUGGGGACUGCCUGUACUUGGAAGAUUAAAAACUUUAGCAUCCUGUUUUCAACCUCUAAGCUGCAUUGAUAAAUUACUACUCUGUAUUUUGAUUAAGCCUUAAAACUUUUAAGUGUAUUUGGUGCCAACAUUUUUCUAGUGCUGUAUCUAAACAAAAAAUCCUAUACUCAUAUCUCAGUGUAAUUUUGAUAGGAACAUUUUUGUUAUUUUUACAAGGCAGAAUCGGGUGUAACUGUUGAAUUAAACUUAGCAAUCACAUACUCA